AUGCUACGGACCACCCUAACUCAUACAAUCAUCCCUUCAACCCCAUCUCGUCUACUCAUACGUUAUGUACAUGCUCAACUUGCACAAACUGAAGCACCUCUCGAGCCUCACUCCAUUCCUUCCGUCGACCCCUCUCGCUUCCCCCUCUAUCGACCGGAUCCUCAUUCACCGUCUCUCGACCAUGUCCCGCCCCGCCCAUCACGAUCACCCAGACAUGUCGAGCAGAGUGUUAUUUCACAAUCUAAACCUUCCGACAUCCGCUCACAGAGAAAGAUCAAAGCUCGGCUGUCUGCCCAAUUGACGGCGGAUCUACCGGAACUCGAUGAACAGGCACUUCGGUCAUUCUACGCUGCUCUGGUCCUUACCGGAUCAGAGGAGGACGGCUCUUCAGUGCCUAGAAUAAUGGCUCCGGAACUAAAAAGACAGAAGCGGUCAACCGAUGUAUUGACAACGGUCGAACAACGAUUACUGGAGAUGGCAAUUGGACAGCAAGGUGAUACGAGCCUGGACAAUAUGUCGGAAAGUAGAACGCAGAUGGGGUUGGCGCAGAGAAUGGAGACUGGGGAGAUGAUAUCUGCUGGCUCUAGUGAGGUCCACCAAAGAGUAACACAACUGCUGGGGACAUUAUCCGUCGAUGCUGAUCCCAAAACUCCGACUAGCGUGCCCCUCGGAAUAUUGAGCAGAGGAGAAUGGGAGGUGUUGUUACAGGAAUAUGUGAACCGACAUGACCCCUCGGGAGCAGAGAGAGUCCUUCAGCUUGUAGAGUCACACGGUAUGAGUCUCAAGGAAGGAUACAUCCUUGAUAUCAUGAACAUCUAUGCCAAGUUCGGUCGACCACAUGAGAUUAUGAGACUUCAAGAAAUUUAUGUACCCCAAGAUCUCAUUGUUCCCCCCAUUUCCGACGUACUCAUCAGAGCACACCUACAAACCACUCCACCCGAUUAUCAAGCUGCUAUAAGUAUCUUGAAGCAACACGAAACUUUCGGUUCACCCUUAUCUCAAACAUCAUACAAUUUUAUCCUUCAUCACUUGACCUCCUCUUCUCCUCAUCAUCAACCCACCUCUCAUACCCGUGCCUUGGCUUGGGAUCUCUUCACACACAUGCGUCUUACUGCACAUCCCAUUCCCACAACGAAAAUCUAUAACACAAUGAUAUUGGCAUGCUCCGUAUCGUCGGAUCCUCAACCGGAACGAGCUAGAGAUUUAUGGAUCGAGAUGACCGAAGGGGGUAUUAUACCUCAACGUGAAGAAUACGAUGCUAUCAUCCGCGCGUUAUGUUCGACAAGGAAGGAUUAUCUGGAGGGUUUUGAUCUUCUGCGUCAGAUGCUGGCGAAACAUACAGACGCGACAUUCCGGCCGUUCGAAGAUGACGGGGAAUUGAGUGGUAGAUGGUCGAACUAUGUGCCCACUGUUAACACAUUCACGGCUCUGUUAGAAGGAACAAAACGUGCUGGAGAUUUGAUGAGAGCCCGAUGGGCAUUGACGGAGGUUGUAAAACUUAUGAGAAGUGUGGAAGAGCUAGGACAUGGAGAGAGGGAAUGGUUGGGAUGGGUCAACGAUGAGCUGUUGAGUGGGGUGUUCAUGACUUAUGCCGCUUGGAAGCCACCAGUGUCUAGGAAGAUGCUGAAGGAAGUCGCUCAGACUUCUGAGAAUAUUGGACCCAAACACGACAAUUCGAAAGAGAUCAGGGCGGACCGUGGGGUUCCGCAAGACGACUUGUUCGAAGUCGAUAUGAUGGGUGAGCUGUACGACAUAUCGUCUUCGUCAGAAGCCAUCGCCUCUGUGUCAACAACAGACGACCAAGACAAUAACCACAUGCCGAUGACAAGCUCCGACGCUCUUCGUGAAGCCGAAGCUCUAUUCGUCAGAUUGGUUCAAGAUAUCUCCUCAUCUAAUCACGAUGGUGUAUUCUCUCACGUUCAACUCGGUCCCAAACUCGUAAAUUCGUAUCUCUCUGUUCAUCUCGCUCAUUCUUCCUCCCUAGAGCUAGCUAGGAAUACAUGGGAAGCGACCUGGUCGCAAGUGUCUACAAGACCUAAUGGCUGGUCAUACCUUCAAGCACUAGAACGGUGUUCUCGCGGUCGUAUGUCUUCAGAGGAUCGUGAUACCGCUCUUUCUUGGGGCGAGGAAUUGUGGAAAGAGUACAUUUUCUUCGCCAACCAUUGGGAUCACCAAGCUCAACAGCAAACAUUGCACUCUCAAUAUCUCUCUCAUUCCUUCUCACUCGGACCAAUCCAUGAUUCUUCAACGUCACAGUCUUCAUCAGAUACAACACAAGUUCGACGUCUCUUCCUAGCUGGACUAGGUCCUAGACAAGUGGAGAAAACCUGGCGAGCACGUAUCCGACUUCUGACCCUAUCCGAGCACCUCGACCAAGCCUUAGAUAAUCUCAAAGACUUUUAUACUCUUUACCCGCCGGAGAAGAUCACAAUGGGAUAUACCCCGGUUCAAGACAUGGGUUUAGCGGUGAGAGCGACAGAUAGGACUAUCGUGGCUGAACCGGAUAUCCCGCCUCAUAUGCUGUUCGAAGAUGUCGACGUGUUGCAUCAACGUUUGGUCAGGGAUGAGAGGUGGGAAGAGGUGGCGUGGUUGAAGUGGGUAUUGAAAGGUUGGGAAGAGGCGUUGAAAAGGAGGAGAAAAUGGAGGAUGAGAGGUGUGGGAGAGGGUAGGAAGGGGUUGGUACGACUCGAAGAGGAAGUGGUUGGAAAUGGAUUGAGUGGAUGA